AUGCCGGUCUUGAAAUCCAAGCUGCUUACUUUCAGCUUCAACACCAAUCCGCUCAAACUGCCUAAUGAUAGCCGUUUCGCCGAUCCAAUCAUAUCCGCAACGAAGGGAGCGCAAACAGAGGUAGCCGAACUCAACGGCAAGAAAGCUCUCAGAGGACUUCUCGUUCGUCCGAUUGGAAAAGCUGGUCGGGCAUAUUUGUAUGUCGAGGGGCUAGCUGAGGAAGGCGAAGUUUCCUAUGCCAUGUGGUUACCAUCAGUCGCAAUUGGAAACACAUCAAUCGCCGGUGAUUCUAGUGGAUGGAGCAUUGGCCAGGAAGCAGUCUAG